GGUUGCCGAGGUUAUAUUUAUUUCGUACACACAACAAUGCUCAGUCAACUGCUCCACAAUGGUUAUCGACCUAUUUGGAAACAUUGUCGACUGGGGAGGCAUCUUUUUGCAAGUUGCUUUCUCUAAACUAAAGACUACUUUUAUUCGUUUGUUCAUUCUAGUUGGUGUUUUAAUCACUAUACUAUGGUUGUCAAUAUUCUUUUAUGCCAGUUUUUACUGGUUUUACAUGCCAAGUGCUUCCCACAUCAGGCCUGUUUAUUUCAAAUUCGACGUGUGUCCGGAGGGAGCUGGGAUAUGCACAUUCCCACAAGCUAACCUGACAUUUGGGGAACAUGGACGAGAGGAAAUCCUCCACAAGGGCCAAGCAUACAGGAUAUACCUGGAGCUUGAGAUGCCAGAGUCCCCUACCAACCGAGGUACAGGUAUGUUCAUGGUGCGGCUACAAAUGUAUGAUAAGAAGGGGACAGUAAUACAGCAGUCCGACAGAUCCGCUAUCAUGCACUACCGGUCAGUGCUGCUCAGGACGAUGUACACAUUGGUUUUUGCCCCAUUCUUCCUGGCUGGACUUGAUGAACAGAAGCAGGUGGUUGACAUUGAAUUGUUCAACCAUUACGUUGAUGAUCUGGUCGAUUCUGCUGUUGGUGCUGUCAUUCAGAUACAGACCAAGAAGAUAGAGAUAUACUCCUCCAAGAUUAAGAUCUUUGCAGACUUUACUGGUCUCAGGUAUUACAUGUUCUACUGGCCCAAGUUCAGCGCUGUGAGUGGCAUCAUGGUUAACUCUACAUUCCUGGCCUUCAUGGUGCUGUUAUCAUGGUAUCAGUACACACAGAAGGACACUGUGGAGGAGGAGGAGUUUGUGCCGAUGAUGCUGAGGAUGUCGCUCGAUGUGAGACGACAGAGAAUCCGAGAACAGUUAGAGCGAGAGAGAGGAGCAGCAGACAGCUCUUCUCCAGAAGAUGAGGAGGAAACAACUGUGAAGUCAUUUAUGGAGUCACAUGACUUUCAAGGAUCACAUGACUACCAAGAAUCACAUGGCAUUCAGGAUGAGAGUCUGGGAGAAAUGGCCGCUGGGGAUGAUGAUGACAUAGUUCUGAUGUCAUCUGAUGUCAUGCUGCCAGGAAGCGAUGAUAACAAUCGACUCAGGUUACGACGCCCAAGCAAUAUAGAGGCAGUUCUUUGAGGGGCAGGAAUAGUUGAUGAUUGAAAACUGCCAUUUCUCAUUAUAAUUUAGAUAAGAUAGAAUACCGUUUUAUUGACAAAGAUUAUAGAUCCAACGAAGAUCAGUUUUCAUGACACAUCAACAGGAAUACAGAAACACCUCUUUUGGUUUCAGUAGUGUAAAGCAUGUAAGCAAUACAUACAUAUACUGGGAUGAUAAGGUUCUUUGUUAAUGUAGAUCCACAUUUUAAACAAUAUGGAUUCCUUGAAUAUUUGAGUAGAGUGAAACAGUUACUCCAGUAUCUCUCUCAUUGUCUUCCAAUGUUAUUUAGUCUUUGAUUUGAAGAGUAUAUGUUUAUGAUAACUGUCUUGCUUCCUGGAUCUGCUUGGGCUAUCAGUAUAUGCCAAUGAACCUCACUGAGAUUAUGACCAUAAGUUUUGCCUUGAAGCUCAAAAAGGCCGGGGACAAUGUGUAAAACGACAAUAUGUCCUAUGUUUUUAACACUAAGUUACGAGCUGAGACAGAUUAUGCCUCAGUGAAGGGUAGAAGCUCCAUGUGACCUCAAUUCAUAUGUUGCAACUAUUUGAAAAUAGAUUUCAUUUGUAUAAUUUGUAAAUGAAACCUCAUUUAUCAAAAUACAACCUACUUUGUUUGAAUGCUGCAUAGUUUUAGUUAUAUAUGCAUGUGUGUGCAAUGUUUGAGUAUGAUUUGUUAGAGUAUGACAUGAAAUGUGUGUACGGUUUGACUUGAAUUUGUUAUGGAAUAUUUUGACUGUGAUAUGUUUGUCAGUGUGAAUUUUUCUGAAGACAAAUGUAUAUAUUUUUAUGAUAAUACCAAAGGGCUACUGUUAAUAUCCAUUGUUUGAAAGAUAAACCACUUGUAGUUUUUGGAAAUGUUUGUUUUGGGUGCUGAUGUGUGGGCUGGUCUAUAUUUCUAAUAUGCACACAAUUGGUACAAUAUACAUGCAUUUGCUGACAAAGUGUUGCCAGAAUAUUUUUCUUGCCUUAUUGUGUGGAGUUAGUAUUCCAGUGUAGAUAACCAUUAGUUUCAAUCUUUUUGACUUGCACUAGUGAUAGAGUGACUUAUUUGAGAGUGGUUUGUUCCCCCAUACAGAAAACCAAUUCACUGAUUGGUGUAUUUGUGAACUGAGAACGUCAAAUUAACAUUCAUAAGUUUUCGACUUUGAUAAAUGUUUUUAGAACAGAGUUACAUUCUUUUGAAAUCGCAAUUUCAUAGAAAACAUUACAUAAUGAUUGUGGAGCUGUACUGUUGUCGAAAACUUUUAACAUAAAUAUAUCUGUGGAAGGAAUAAUUAACCAAUCAGUUCAGUAUUCAUGAAAAUCUGUUCAUUCCUCUUCUGAAAUCAACAGAUUCAAGUGAUUGUGAAUACUGUGCCUGCUUCUAAAUUGCUGCUCUUGCCAGCAGCGCUGUGAUUGGUCAACUUGUGUGAGUGUGUGAUGUACGAUGUGUGAUAAACUGGCCAACUGCACAAGGUCCAGCUGUUUGCUUUUAAUACACUUUCAAUUGUUUUUAACUUUAUAUUUUUAGAUUAUUUUGUCAGUAUUGUUUUAUGUAAAUAAAAUGAUACACAAUU